AUGAAUCUAGAAAUUCAAACAAUGAUUCGAGAGCGUGUAUUGGAAUUUGCACCCAUGACGCCAUCUUUCAUAUCCCCGCUUUUUAUAAUAAGAAAAAACAACGGCAAGAAUCGUGUGAUUUUCAAUCUGAAGGCAUUAAAUCAGUUUAUGAAACCCGAGCCCUUUCAUCUGUUUCAUCACUAUCAAAUGCCGAAGUUCUUACAACAGGGCGAUUGGAUGGUAAAAUUGGAUAUCAGCCAGGCUUACUACCACGUCCCAAUCUCGGUGAAACACCGAUGUUUCCUACGUGUCAGUUACAAGGGAAGACUACUUCAAAUGACGUGCCUACCAUUUGGCUUAGCAAUCGCUCCAAAAAUGUUUGCUUCGGUAACAAACUGGACAGCAGAACUUUUACGCCGUCAAGGUUUAAGAGUCAUUGUCUUCUUGGACGAUUACCUGCUCGUCCACCAGGACAGGGAAGUCCUCCAGGCCCAGGUUCACAAAGCCAUGCAAUUUCUGCAGAAUCUAGGCUGGAACAUAAACUCAAAGAAAUCGAUAUGCACUCCUACGAGACUAAUCGAUUUUCUGGGUAUCACUUGGGACACAAACUCAAACAGAAAGUUCCUACCCACAGAAAAAAUCAACAAAAUACGUCAGUGUCUAUCGACUCGUCUGUCAGCCGGCAAUUGGACUCUCAAGCAGGCCCAAUGCCUCUUAGGGUAUCUCAAUUUUGCAACCUUCAUCACCCACCGGGGAAGGUUGCACUGCCGAACGCUACAGCAACACAGCAAUGCUUUAAUGAUGAGUCCAAUUCAGAGCAGCCCAUUGGCAGAAGAAGUGAGACAAGAAUUGGCUUGGUGGCUGCACAACAUCGAUCAAAAGACCGCGAUCCACUUGCACAGAAGUCGCACAAAUUACCUAACAACAGACGCUUCCGAUGUUCAGUGGGGAGCUCUAGUCAACAGCAAAUCUGUCAGAGGUCAUUGGACUCCGCGGCAAAUGACCUGGCAUUGCAAUCUGAAGGAGAUGCAUGCUGUAAUAGCUGCAAUCUUAUCGGAUCCAGAAGCCUUGAAGGAUUCGAAAAUAAUUCUACAGAGCGACAGCAAAACAGUUGUAUCGUAUAUAAAAAACGAAGGCGGAACGAAGUCGAAAAGACUGCUUGCAAUGACCAAAGAACUUUUGGCACUGACGGACAGUUUGAAUAUAGUACUAAUCCCUCAUCACUUACCGGGAAUGUACAACAUGGAAGCCGAUCAUCUCUCGCGAAAUCGCAAAGGCGGCGAAUGGCAUCUUUUACCCGAGGCAAGCAGGGAAAUAUUCAAUCUGUGGGGAACACCCGAAAUAGAUCUUUUUGCUUCAAAAGAGGCACACGUCGUGGAGAAUUAUGUUACGCUAGACUUAUUAGACUGGAACGCUUGCUAUCACGACGCCUUCAGCAGAUCCUGGAAAUACGACCUGGCGUGGAUAUUUCCUCCGCCGGCGCUUCUACCUCAAGUAUUGCACCACCUCAACUCAGCGCAAGGCAGUUAUGAUACGAGAUCUCGACAAAACUCUAAUCAACACCGUGACACGGCAGGCUCCGCCUCAAGUGUUGAAAUUACAAAUGGAAGCAUGGUUAAUUUCGGCUGGGACUCGCUUAUAGAAAACUGGUCGAAUGAUGAGAAAAAUCUCCUUUCAACAUGCUGGAGGCAAUCCACGAGGAAAACCUAUGCUCCUAUUUGGAAAAAAUGGGUGAAGUGGUGUCAAGAAAAUAAUUUAGAUUAUCAAUUCCCGGCGCCAACUAAUGUGGCUAGAUAUUUAGCUAGACUAUUCCUCAAUGAUCAUUUAGCUUAUCGAUCUAUCUUAGUGCACAAAUCUGUUAUAGCAUCAAUUUGUGAAACCCUAAGUGAUGUAAAAAUUUCUUCAAAUAAUUUGGUAAAACAUUUGCUUAAAGCCAUCUCCAUCGCUAAACCAAUACCUCAAAAGCUACCAAUAUGGGAUGCGAGAACGGUCAUACAUUACUUAAGAGAUUCGAGCCCGAAUGAAAAUAGUCUAUUUGAUGUCUCGAAGCGAACAGCCACUAUUCUCCUAUUGACAUCAGGUCGUAGAGUGCAUGACUUAACUCUCUUGCACUGUGACCCUCAGCAUUUCAUUGAUAAAGGUGACUCAAUCAUUUUGCACCCAGUAUUCGGUUCUAAAACGGAUACAGGAUCGUAUAGGCAAUCUAGUUGGACAUUAUUAGAUUGUCCUGAUAAACGUUUAAAUCCUUUAUUUUGGCUUAGAACGCUAGUCGAAGUAUCUAAGUUUACUAGAGGCUCCCUAACUAAUUUAUUUAUUACCACUAGGGACCCGGUAAAACCGGCUACAACUACUAUUAUAGGGGGUUGGGUUAAGAAAGUCCUUUCAGAAUCGGGCAUAGAAGCCUCGCCUGGUAGUUGUAGGUCAGCUGUGGCAUCUCUCAAUUUUUUAGAAAAAUAUCCCAUUAAUGAGAUUCUUGCCAAAGCAAAUUGGCGCCACGAACAAACGUUUAAGAGAUAUUAUUGUCGAAAUGUAGAGAGUAAUACUCAGAGUGUUGAAACACAUUCUCUGUCUCAAUACUUUAAGCCUAGUGAUGAUUAA